AUGCAGAAGCGUGCUCAACGAUUAGAAGUCGAUGAACAAAAACUUGCUCAGAAACAAAAUGCGUUGGCACAAAAAUUUGAGCAAAUGGAUAAUGCAGAUUAUGAGCUCAGUGAAGUUUCUUUCGAAUCUAGUAAACCAACACCCAGAACUCGAACAAAACAACAAAAUGAAAAAAAAUCAACAAGCACAACAAGUUCAUCUCAAACACUAACCACUCCGCGUCCAGAAGAACGUACAAAAUUCAUUAAAAAACAGAUUCCAACUGCUGAGAAAAUAACAGUGAGCCAAUCGCCAAGAGGAGGAGGAACAACAGUAGCACCAGCGACAACAGCACUCUUAACAAAAUCUUCAGGCAACAAAUCUAGUUUACUUGGCCAAUCAUCGUUAUUAGCUCGAGCACAAUUAAGACAAGAGUUGCAUGAUAAAGGUUUAGAAUUAAAACCGGGAACGUUUGAUAAACAAGAUAACGAUGACACAACAUCAUCGGACGAAGUAACAGCACAAAGUGAAAAAUUUUUGUUUGGAGCAGUGAAAAAAAGUUUUCUGAAAAAACGAUCAACAGAUGAUAUUGAUGUACCACAACUUGUUUUGUCUGAUAGCGACGCUAAUACUGAUCGGCAAAAUCAGAAAAAAAAUAAAAAAUCGACCAAAUCAUCAGCAGGGGUAGACACAGAUGAUGAUUCCUACUCCGAAUUUAUUGGCGAAACAGAAUCUCCUGUAUCAGAUGGUAUAAAAACACCCACAUUAACUCCACGAAAAGGCAUUUUGAAAUCACCGAAGGAUUUUGUCCCAAAAGAAAGUGAACAUUCAGUGCAAUUUUCCGACAAAUUAUUUUCUGUAAAAACUGACGAAGAACACACGCCAACACCACCGAAGAAUCCUCGUUCGACUCAUACACCUCGACGUGUGUUAGUUAUAGAGCCUAAACCUGACAUUGUUCAACACCAUCAAAGUUUAUCAUCAAAUGAAUCAGAUACAGAAUCAAUAUCUACAGCUCUCGUUGGUCCCAAUAUUCUUCUAAAUUUAAAUGAAGACAUAACGGACAAUAGUGAAAAUAUUCCAAAAAAAAAUUAUCGAAAGAAGCGUUCAUCGAGUAGUGAAUCGCCAGUCGAUAAUAUGUUUGCCAAUCUAGUUAUUGAUAAUGAACUGUCGCCGCGUCAAAAGAAAAAAUCACUUUCGUUUUCGCCAAAAAAGAAACAGCAGCAACCAAUUUAUAAUGAUACAUCUGAUGAUGAAUAUACGAAAAUAGAUGAAAAUAUUGUGGAUGAAGAUGAAAUACCGGAAGAACUAACUGUCAUUAACUAUUCUGAUGAUUUUUCAAAUCAAUCAGAAUCCACCAUUAAGGUUCCUGUUGAAAAACGACGGGAAUCAGUAGUGCGUAAACCUACAAUGGACGAUCAACAAGUUCAAGUAGAUCUGUUUUCCUUACCCUAUUCAUCUCAGAUUCAACAAACACCAACAUUUGUAUUUCUAAAUCAGCCAUCGAAUUUGGUAAAAUCUGUUAUUCAACAAGACGUUUUGCAAUCAAUGCUGACGACAAAUCCUGUCCUAUUAGCCAUUGACGAUUUAGUUCGACAACAAACGUCAUUAUUGAAAACAUUCAUUCAUUUACAACGGUCUUAUUAUGAGUCAACUGUUCGCAAUAUAAAACCCGAUCAUAUUUAUGUGACGAAAGAAAAUACAAUGAGAAUUAUUGCUGAACAAAAAUCAAGAAUAAACUCUUUUUUUCAUGAAGAUUCACUAACUACCUAA